AUGAGUCUUGUACAUGUCCUGAGUGCCCUGGGGGCAUUCGAUGAAGGGGGGCGAGACCUCUUCCGCCGAACGAUCUAUGGCCCGGGUGGCGUCACUCUGGACAUUGAUCCCCUCCCCAGCACUCAGCGCAAAGGUCUCAUUGCAGUCUCUGUCAUGGCAGUUUUAUCCUUCGUAGCGACACUGGCCUUGAUCUGUUUCAUCAGCUACCGACUCAUCUUCUGGCGCGGUUCAUAUGCGCGGUACAUCGGUUACAAUCAAUAUGUCAUUCUCAUCUACAACCUCGUUUUGGCCGAUCUCCAGCAAGCGCUCGCAUUCCUGAUCUGCAUCAAAUGGAUUGCAGAGGAUAAAAUAUCCGCGGAUUCGGCAGGUUGUUUCCUCCAGGGAUUCUGGCUGCAGGUAGGAGACCCCGGAAGUGGACUUUUUGUCCUGGCGAUCGCCUUUCAUACCUUCCUGCUCGUGGCUCUUGGGCGGAAAAUGAGCCAUAAAGUCUUCGUCAGCUUCGUAAUUGGAGUUUGGAUCUUUGUGGCUGUCCUUGUUAUCAUCCCCCUUGCUGCUCACGGCCGUUACGUCUUUAUCCCAUCAGGUGCCUGGUGCUGGAUCAGCGAAGAUUACGAAUCGAUCCGUCUCUGGACGCACUACAUCUGGAUUUUCUUGGCCGAGUUCGGUACGGUCUGUCUGUAUGCUGUGAUGUGGUUCCAGCUCCGGGUCCGGAUCAAGCAGUCCGCCAUUCUGGGCAGCAGUCACAUCGAAAGUCUCAAGCGCCUUCGUCGCGUUAUCGGAUACAUGGUCAUCUAUCCGAUCGCCUAUAUUGUCCUUUCGCUCCCUCUUGCCGCAGGUCGAAUGGCGACCGCGCAGGGCAACUCCCCCAGUAUAGCCUACUUCUGUGUUGCCGGUGCCAUGAUCACCAGUUCUGGACUGGUCGACGCCCUGCUGUACACCCUGACCCGUCGAAACCUGAUCUUGGAAUCGGAACCCAGUCACGAUCGCAGCUACAACCGCUUUGCGAGCAGCAAGGGCCGGAAGACCGAAAACCAUCUGACCACCAUCACCGCGGAUCCCAAGAUGAACCGGACGGAUAUCAGCGCUCUGCGCAAGGGCGUCCGUGAUGAAGACGACGAUCUCGAACAUACCGUGCGCGACGGUUCCACCGACAACAUUGUGCAGACUGCCGGUGUUGAACUGACCCCGAUGGGCAAGGUGUACCAGCACACCACGAUCGAGAUCACCUCCGAACCUGCAUUCGACAAUGGAGUCGAAGAGAGCAGCGAUCGCUCGAGCAAGGAUUCAGACCGCCACCAUGGGAGAAUCAAUGACUCGUCAGCACGGAUGUGGGGAAGAUAA